GCAGCUCAGCGGAACGCGUGCUGGGGCGGAGCCGCGGGAACUGGAAGGUGUCCUGGCGGGGAGGGGCGGGACCCGCCAGUGAAGCUGGGAGGGGUUGGCUCCGGUCUGACUUAGCAGGUGAAGCGUCGCUCGCAAAGUCUUAAGUUCUUGGCUGGCUGGGUCGGUCCUUUCCCGCUGCCUCGGGGUAACCUCGGAGCGCUCAUUUCGCGCGCUGCCGGUUGCAGUUGGAGCCACUUCUUCUGCCCUGAGAUAGCCCGGCAAGCAGGGGGUGGGGGCCGCCCCCCCCACGUUUGGCGGAGGAACCGGCGGAGAAGCAUCCUUUGGGCUGUCUCCUCAGCCGAAGCCCCGUGAAAGCACCGGCCGGGCGGGAACUGGUUCGGUUGCUUCCUCGGAAGCUCUCCUUCCGUCGUUAGGCUUCGGCAGAUUAGCCCUUUCCAGCCUGGUCGGUUUUGCCUGUAGAGAAGCCUGUCCAGAGUCGUUUCUUUUCGGUUUCUUUCUCCUGACACGUCGAUGGUGAGGAUCCCAAAGCUCAAGCCGAGGCGCUGCUAUGGCCUUCGCUAAUUUCCGGCGCAUCUUGCGCCUCUCUAACUUUGAGAAGCGGCGAUCCAAAGAGUACGAGCAUGUGCGCCGGGACUUGGAUCCCAACGAUGUCUGGGAGAUCGUCGGAGAGCUGGGCGACGGCGCCUUCGGCAAGGUGUACAAGGCCAUAAACAGAGAGACUAGAGCCUUAGCUGCUGCCAAAGUUAUUGAGACCAAAAGUGAAGAUGAGCUGGAAGACUACAUGGUGGAAAUAGAGAUCCUUGCUACUUGUGAUCAUCCACACAUUGUAAAGCUGCUGGGAUCUUUUUAUUAUGAUAGCAAACUAUGGAUUAUGAUUGAGUUUUGUCCUGGUGGAGCUGUAGAUGCUACUAUGCUAGAGCUGGAUCGAGGCCUGACUGAAUCCCAGAUCAAGGUGAUUUGUCGCCAGAUGCUGGAAGCCCUGAACUAUCUGCAUGGCAAGAAGAUUAUCCAUCGAGACUUAAAGGCAGGCAAUGUGUUGCUAACCCUAGAUGGAGACAUUAAACUUGCUGAUUUUGGAGUAUCAGCCAAAAACAUGAAGACUGUGCAGAAGAGAGAUUCUUUCAUUGGCACACCAUACUGGAUGGCUCCUGAAGUAGUGAUGUGUGAGACUAUGAAAGACACCCCUUAUGAUUACAAGGCUGACAUCUGGUCCUUGGGCAUAACACUCAUAGAAAUGGCACAAAUAGAGCCACCUCAUCAUGAGCUGAACCCUAUGAGGGUCUUACUGAAAAUAGCCAAAUCUGAUCCUCCAACUCUUAAUUAUCCAUCAAAGUGGUCUCCAGCAUUCAGAGAUUUUCUGAAGUUUGCGCUUGACAAGAACCCUGAGACCCGGCCAACUGCCACACAAUUACUGGAACACCCUUUUGUCAGCAAGGUCACCAGCAAUAAAGCCUUACGUGAGCUCGUGGCAGAGGCAAAGGCUGAAGUGAUGGAGGAAAUUGAAGACAAUAGAGAGGAAGUUGAAGAAGAGGACUCAUCGGAAUCUGCAUCUCCUCAUGACGUUCAGAAGAAGGAUUCCUCUCUUGCAAGCCAGAUAAGUUUGGAAGGAGACAAGCUUCAAGAAAACCGCUUGUCACUUGUGGCCAAUGGACCAACGUUGCCUCUGGAGCACAUCAAGGAAGCUAUAAACGGGCAGGACAACAGGCUUUUGAAGGAAGAAACUAUAACUGAAGCUCUGGUCAAAACUGCUGAGCAUUCGGAUUUGUUGGGAAUAGAAAGUUAUUCAGUCCUGCCUGAUGCCAAACAGAACUUAAGCACCAGCCCCCAGGCACUGCAGCCCAAUGAAAACAUUAAGCAAGCAGAGGAUGGGGCUAUCAACCACCAAAAGGAAAGCACUGAGCCAGCAAAUAGUGAGGAUUCAAAUUGGGGAAGCCAUACUGUAAACAGCCUCCUUGAAACACCGACUGAAGAAAAACUCCCCAAUGGGAGUUUGACCUCUUCUCAAUUUGAGAAUGAUAGCCUCAAGAGAGAUUCUGAUUCUGGUAGCACCUCUGCUUCAGAGAGUAUGGACCUCAACAUCUCUUUGUCUACUGAUCUGUCCCUGAACAGAAGCAGUGGGUGCCACUCUGUAAAGAAUGCAAAAAUACAGAACAUGACACUGAAACGAACAAGAAGAUUUAUAGUAGAUGGAGUGGAAGUGAGUGUUACCACCUCAAAAAUCAUCAGUGAAGAUGAAAAGAAGGAUGAAGAGAUGAGAUUCCUCAGGCGGCAGGAACUGCGGGAGCUACGUUUGCUUCAGAAAGAGGAACAUCGGAAUCAGACACAAUUAACAAACAAACAUCAGCUACUCCUGGAACAAAUGUUAAAGCGUUUUGAACAAGAAAUGAAUUCAAAGAAGAAGUUUUAUGAUACGGAACUAGAAAAUCUAGAACGGCAGCAGAAGCAGCAGAUUGAAAAAAUGGAGCAAGAUCAUGCACUGCACCGACGAGAUGAAGCUAAACGUAUCCGUGCUGAGCAAGAACGGGAUCUGCUUCAAUUUCAGGAACUGCUAAAACAAAAAAAGAAAGAGCUCAAGAAUGACAUUGAAAAGCUCCCACGACAACAACGCAAGAGCAGCAUGAAAGUGAAGAUGGGUGACUUUGUACAAAAAAAGCAAGUUAUGGAACAAGACUUUAUAGCCAAGCAAUCCGAGGAUCUGGAGCAGGCAAUGAAAAACAUUACAGCUCAGAAUCGGAAAGAGAUCUGUGACAAAGAACGAGAAUGCCUCAAUAAAAAGCAGCAGCUUAUGAGAGACCGGGAAGCCACUAUCUGGGAUCUUGAAGAGCACCAUCUGCAGGAGAAGCACCAGAUUUUGAAACAGCAACUAAAAGACCAGUAUUUCCUCCAGAGACACGAGCUGCUACGGAAACACGAGAAGGAACGUGAGCAAAUGCAACGAUAUAACCAGCGCAUGAUAGAACAGCUGAAAGUUCGGCAGCAGCAAGAGAGGGCCCGUCUCCCCAAAAUUCAGAGGAGUGAAGGGAAAACCCGCAUGGCCAUGUAUAAAAAGAGUCUCCAUAUCAACUCCAGUGGAAGUGCCUCAGAACAGAGAGAGAAGAUAAAACAGUUUGCCCAGCAGGAAGAAAAAAGACAAAAAGCUGAGCGAGUGCAACAGCAGCAGAAACAUGAGAUGCAGAUGAAGGACAUGUUGGCUCAGUGUGAGGGCAAUAUGAAUGAACUCCAGCAGUUACAGAAUGAAAAGUGCCACCUUCUGGUUGAACAUGAGACACAAAAACUGAAAGCCUUGGAUGAAAACCACAACCUGACCCUCAAGGACUGGCGAGAUAAACUUAGGCCAAGAAAAAAGGCACUAGAAGAUGAGCUGAAUCAGAAAAAGCGAGAACAAGAGAUGUUUUUCAAACUCAGUGAAGAAGCUGAUGGUCUAUCUCCUAUGUCUCCAAACAAACCUGCUAAAUUUGUCCCAUUCAGCUCUGCAGAGGCUUCCUAAUACUUGGGUUCAGUAGGCAAGGCUUGGUGAUACUUGCCUUUGUCUGUUGGAGGAAAAUCAACAGACAGGGUUCCUUCCUCUGUUUGCCAACUCAGAUCAGAGUUUCCUGUUCAGUCGUGUACCAGAUAGUCAGUGUGGCUAGCAAUCUGAUCCACUAGAGGUGAGGUAGGUUCACAUAUGGGUUAGAAGCAAGCUGUAGCAAGCUUCCAGGGGACCACCUGACGGGGUGGACUGCAGAAUCUAAGUUGCUUGCCGAAUCCUUCCCCAGCCAGUUUUACCAUUUCCUAAUGGGAUAGUGGAAAAGAUCUAAGAGGAGAUUAAUUGCAGUAUUGGUUGGAUUUUCCAAGUUAGCUUUCCUGUGUAUCUGAGCUUAAUGAUUGGGUGGUUUUACUCAACAGCAUAACUUUGAGACUCAAUAGUAGAUGAUGUUUACCUGUGAUAGCCUUUAAGAUGACAGUAAACCAUCGUCUGCCUUUAAUGCGGUCUCUACCUGUGUAAAUUAAGCAAAAGACUGCUUUUUGUUCUGUGCCUUCCUUUUGGAAUUGUUCUGUCCCUCAGCAACUUCCAAACAGCUUGUGACAUUAUUUGUAAUUUUUCUUUGAUACAGAAUAGCCUGAAAUUUAGAAACAAAGCAGCCUUAAAACUAACAGGGUAGCCAGAGGAAUGAAUUUCUAGGUUGAAUAGGGACUGUGGAAAAGGCUUCCAACCUGGGCUAUGUUUAAAUAAAAAGACUUGCCCAAGCUAAAUGGUUGUAAAUGUAUAAUAAGGAAGAAUGAUCUUUGUUGUUCAUCUGUUAUCCCAGUGGCUUCUGCAGCAUUUUACCUUUGGUUUACCAGUGAACCAGAAUUUUGUGGUUCCUUUUCUUUCCACAGUCAUGGAUGAAGCCUCUGCUUAAGUUAGGGAAAGAACUAGUGUUUACUCUUUGGCUAAAUUAAAGAAGAGCAACUCCAGAUGUCCAUGGCAACAAAUUUGUAGCUGGACUAAGAUUGAAGGCACUUUGCUCCGUAUCAAAUUGUACAUGAUUUUUAAGUUUUCGUAGAGUAGCAAAUGCUAGCUUAGGGGCUUUCUCGUGCUAAAUGAUUGGAUGUGCUCAGAACUGAAGACACGGUUUUGAAAUAAAGCAGUGCUGGAUUGCUGUGAGUAAUUCCAGUCUUUGCAGUUUCUCUGAAUCAGGAGAAAGGGCUACCUAAGAGAGGCCACGGGUAGUAGAAUAUAAUAUUAUAUAUUUGAAAUGCUAAAGCAGCACAGUAUUUCAAACUUUUACAAAUGCUAUUUUUGACCAGAGAGAUCCCUUUUCAUUCCCUUCCACAUAUUUUGACUUAUUUAAUAUAAAUUUCCAAAGAUUUUUUCUCCCUUGCCAGUCUGCGUUUCCCUAUUACUUAUAUUUAAAUUUUUGUUUUGUCAUUGAUGAAGUAUAAUUCACACAGAUUUCAAUUUGAGCAACCAGCUACAUGUGAUAAAUGCUACAUUUUGGCACUUGUUUAGCUAUAAGUUCAAACAGAAAGCUGAUACAAUUCAUUUUCAACAUCUCAGAACAAUGCGCAUUAUGGAGAGAACAUGGUCCACUGUUCCUUUUGAUGUCCAGUGUAGGAUUGUUCUAAGCAUAGCUCGUUGCCUCUCUGUAGGAAAAAUGGUUGUUUUCUUAUGCACUGUUCUUCAAAACACUGUUGCUAAUGAUUGCUGUGCUGACAGCUAAUUUGUUGGAAUGUCAAUUGAAAUUUAGUAAACUAGUGGCUGCUGACAGAGCCAGUCACAAAGUGUCAAGCAUUAUAUUAAAGAUGGCAGGAUGAAAAUAGAAUCUGAAAGAAAUGUCUGCCAAGAAGAUACUGGAUAUUAGACAUUUUUAGGAAAUGUGUGUUCACAAAGCACUUUAGUCCCUCUUCAACCUGUUUUAGAUCUUAAGAGUGUAAAGAUAAUGUGUGAGGAGAGAGAGAGAGAGAGAGAAAUGGAAACAAAGUCUGCACAUGAAUGUUGAAAGUAAAGGCAAGUUUUCUUUAAAUGAACAGUGUUAGCUUCAUGUUGAAAUGAUGGAUGCUUCAUCAUCAUUAUGUCUUGGGUGGGUUAGUUUGUCUGCACAUUCCUGCUUUUUCCUCUCUUGGCUAAGAAAGCAAACAAUGGCACACACUCACAACAGCUUUUUCUGUCUUCCCUUCCCUUCCUGGCUGUUCCCAAAGAGGCUGGAACUUCCCUAUGUGCAAUAUGCACUUUCCAAUUUUUCCCGGAAGGGUGUUGAAAGAAAGUAUCUCUUUCCUUUUUUAAACAUUUGUUAACCUAGGAAAAAAAUAUAUUUUGGUUUCAUCAGGGGCAGGGAGAAGGUAUUUUGUAUUUUUAUAGGGGUAAGGGUUUUUUUGGGGAAAAAAAUCUCAAGGAUUUUCUCUCUUUGGGUUACCACGAUGAUGUAAAUAAUCUAAUAAAAUAUGAACCACUAAGCCUUUGCAUAGCAAUCCAGAAUUGCGUACCUGCUGCAUGUAUCUAUAGGCCAGCAAUGCUGAGCUGUAUUUGUACAUGAUCUUGGCUUGGCUGCAGUGGAAUUGUGUUUCAGAAUUCUAUUGAUUGGCAUUGAAAAAAAAAAUCAAGUCCACAGCUUGCUGGCCUUGUACAAAGUGUUUUUUAAAAUAUAGAUAGAUGGUCUUACUUAAAAAUAUCUGUACUGUAUUGGAAUGUGUUAAUAUUAAACUAUUAAUUCUUGAAGCAAA